CCUAUAAACAGCUCAGCUUUGGUCCCUUCUGAGACCCCCUACUCCAACAGUGCAAAAUCUGCUUCUCGUCUCACCACCUCUGGAGCCCCAAACCCUCCUACCCAUUCACCAUUUACAGGUGGGGUACCCUGGAGAGGAGGAGGUGCAGCUGAUGUCAUCCAACAACCCUAAGGUCCUGAGACCCAGGACAACCAAGCAGGGGUCCAAGGUGCUGGGGCAAGGAGCACAGCCCUCUCCUUGAUCAGAGGAAUUAGGAAGCAGCUGAAAAACGAGGAACUUUCCCAGCUGACCCCUCAUCCCUGCCUGCACUUGGAGGAGGAACUCUAAAAUCCUGCCCCUAAAUUCUCCCUUGGAGAUGCUGACCCACCUGCCAGCUCUCCCCAGCCCGGCCCCGUCCCGCCCCACACGUGCCUGAGAGGAAAGUGAAGGUUCCUCGGACUCUAGAGCCAGCGGACGGAAGGACGACGACCGCCGGGCGCUCCGGGUCAAGGACUUGCCCCACCCGCCCCCCUCCCCGCCCCCAAGGCGCUCCGAACUCACUGGUGAGCGCCGCGACCCGGGCUCUGGAUGUGGGGGCAGCUGCGAUGGCCCCGCGCGCGGGACAGCCGGAGCACAGGGGCCCGCUGCUGCCGGGGCUGCUGCUCGUGGCGGCGGCGCUGAGCCGACCCGCCGCGCCCUGUCCCUUCCAUUGCUACUGCUUCGGCGGCCCCAAGCUGAUGUUGCGCUGCGCGUCCGGCGCCGAGCUCCGGCAGCCGCCGCGGGACGUGCCGCCCGACGCGCGCAACCUCACCAUCGUGGGCGCCAACCUGACGGUGCUGCGCGCGGCCGCCUUCGCCGGCGGGGACGCGGACGGGGAGGCGGCGGAGGGCGGUGUGCGCCUUCCGCACCUGACUGCGCUGCGCCUCACGCACAACAACAUCGAGGUGGUGGAGGACGGCGCCUUCGACGGGCUACCCAGCCUGACGGCGCUCGACCUGAGCCACAAUCCGCUGCGCACCCUGGGCGGCGGCGCCUUCCGCGGACUGCCCGCGCUGCGCUCGCUGCAGCUCAACCACGCGCUGGCGCGGGGCGGCCCCGCACUGCUGGCCGCGCUGGACGCCGCGCUCGCUCCGCUGGACGAGCUGCGCCUACUGGGCUUGGCGGGCAACGCGCUUAGCCGCCUGCCGCCCGCCGCUCUGCGCCGGCCUCGCCUGGAGCAGCUGGAUGUGCACCUCAACGCGCUGGCCGACCUGGACCCCGACGAGCUGCGGGCGCUCGAACGCGAUGGCGGCCUCCCCGCGCCACGCUUACUGCUCGCGGACAACCCCCUGCGCUGCGGCUGCGCCGCGCGCCCCCUGCUGGCCUGGCUGCACAACGCCACGGAGCGCGUACCCGACGCGCGGCGCCUGCGCUGCGCCGCCCCGCGGGCGCUGCACAACCGGCCUUUCCUGGACCUGGAAGAGGCGCAGCUGCGCUGCGCCGACAGCGAUGCCAACAGUCGCGGGGAUGAAGUGGAACUCGCCGGCCCCGAGCUGGAAGCCUCCUACGUCUUCUUCGGGCUUGUUCUGGCGCUCAUCGGCCUCAUCUUCCUUAUGGUGCUCUACCUAAACCGCCGCGGCAUCCAGCGCUGGAUGCGCAACUUGCGCGAGGCGUGCCGGGACCAGAUGGAGGGCUACCACUACCGCUACGAGCAGGACGCCGACCCGCGCCGCGCGCCCGCCCCGGCCGCCCCCGCCUGCUCUCGCGCCACUUCCCCGGGUUCGGGCCUCUGAGCUUCUCCUGUUCUGACUUGGGGACUAACCCCUGCCAGCUGAUGACCUUACUGAGGCCACCUCGCCCGAGACCGUGGGUAUGGGACACCCGCGAGCUUGAGGCUUUGAGACCUGCCCCUGCCCUGAGACCUUUGGAUUAUGGCAUCUCCCCCACCCAGAGGCCUGGACCUAUACCCCUUCUCCCCAGCUUCUGAGCGCUGUCACCAUCGAAGACCCAGAGACACCCUCUUCUGAUUCCAGAACCUAGCCCCCCUCCAUCCACUCAUCCCAGGCUCUGAAAGCCCUCCUGAACCACCCGAAGCCCCUUCCCCCUUUCAGGACUCACUCGGAGACCCUGUCCCUCUAUCCCAAGGCCCUGAGACUGCUUCCACCACCCUGUGCUUUGAACCCAGACCUCUCAGCAGGAAACACCCCCCCUAAACUACACUCCAGCUUGCAGCCCUCAGCUCCCUUCUAGUGCUCAGGGGCCCUCACAUCCCAUUCUAGUCUCAGAAUCAGAGCACCCCCUUCAGAAGGUUUUUGUGGACUUUGAGCCUUUUUUCUUUUACCAGCUCAUCCUGCAUACAGACCUACAUCUGGGGGCUCUGAGGGCUGGGCACCCUCCCCCAAUCGGAAGAUGUAUUUCAUGCCACCCACCACCCCAGCUCUAGCUCAAGCCCCUCCUUGGCCCAGGCUUGGCACUCAGCUCCUAACUCUCCCAUCACAGGGACAGGGACACCUCGUUAAACCCUUAGUGUGGAGCCGAUCCUCAGCAUUUCCCACUUUGGGUUCUCAUACCCCAAUACUCAGUCCUUGUUCCCAAUUUGAGACUCUCAGCUCUUUACCCGAUCUGAGUUUCAUCCCUCUACCCAAGUUCUGGGCUCUCAGUUCUCUCUAAACCCGUUGCUUGCACUCAGUAACCACACCUGCCGCUCACUGGGUCAGGUCCAGUGAGGACUCCAUCCCUGGGAGAUGCCCACCCCCCUUUCCUCUUAGGAUGAGCUCUCUAGCCCUGCAAAACAGGCAGGUGCCAAGCACCGCCCCCCACCCCAACCAUGCUAGCAGAUCCUCGUGAGAGAUCCUGGAGGAGAGAAUCCUGGGGGUGCAAAGUAGAUGGGCUGCCUUAGAACCAGGGUCAGCUGACCUUUGUGCCCACAGAGGGGGUGGAAGAGGAGGCUCUGAAGGACUGGGAGCUGUUGGCCACAUCCUCUUUCCCAUGUGACUCUUCUCCCCUGAAGUUUCCUUGCUGCCACCUUGCCAUCCUUGCCCACCCCCUACCCCAUAUGACUUCUGGAAGAGGAAGGGGGCCUCUCCUCCUGUCUCAGGCACAAGCCCUCCUGUCCAGGGUCAGAGCCUCAGCGCCCUGCCUUCUGCAUGAUCCCAAAGCACAAUUGGUGAGUGGGAGGGGGCUGCCUCUCCUUGACUCCCACCCCUAGGUCAAGCAGAAUGGCUGGCCUGUGCUGCCUCUGCACACAGGAAGUCACCCUCCUCCAACAUAUUGGCUUGAGGCCUCCCCCUCCACCUAGAAAUCUGGAUCUCCUUUGGGCAGUUUUCUAUAAAGUCUGCAAUAAUCUCAUAUACUCUGCUCUUGGAAGUGGUGCCAUGUCAUUCUUGCUGACCUUGGUCACUGAAGCGGGUGGGAGGGGACACUUAGAGCAUUUUGGACCUUCCUGAGAUGAAGCAGUGACUUUUGAUGUCUUUUCUCAGACUGGGAGUGAAAAAUGGGCUCUGACCGCACAUCAUAGGAUUGGGGCUAGACAUAUGGAGGGACUUCCCAUUGGGAUGGCAUGGCUCUCCAAACCAGUUUUGCUUUUCAUCCUGAGGUAGAGUUAUCCACAGCCAGGGUGGAACCCUAUGCUUCCUCUUCAUUCUCUUACCCUUUGACUCCUCAACACUCUGUGGAAUGGGGGGUCGUGGGGGUGAUGUCGUUAGACUGACAAAUUAACUAGCAUCAGAUGAGUCUGUCGAGGGAGGAAGUCCAGCUACAGAGAAUCAGAAGCAGUUAAUUCAGGCAGGAAAGAGGAGGAUGCGUGAUCUGCUGCUUUGGCAUCAUCUCCUCUGUUGAAUUGGGCUUCCCUGGUGGCUCAGACAGUAAAGAAUCAGCCUGCAAUGUGGGAGACCUGGGUUCGAUCCCUGGGUUGGGAAUAUCCCUUGGAGGAGGGCAUGGCAACCCAUUCCAGUAUUCUUGCCAGCGGAGCAUGGCAGGCUACAGUCCAUGGGCUCUCAAAGAGUCGGACACGACUGAGCGACUAAGCACAGCACCUCUGUUGAAUUACCUGAUCCUCCCUUAUGUCCUGUGUCAUGCCAUGCUCUCCUGGCUACAGGACUAAGACCAGCACCUUGAGUAUAUGAGAGGCUGAGGGGAGGCAGCCUAGCAGUGUGUGUGUGUGUGUGUGUGUGUGUGUGUGUGUGUAGAAUAGCCCCUUGAAAUAUGUGGACAAGAAGACAGGUGGGUUCUAGGCCAGUGGGGUUAGGACAAGAGGCUGUCUCCUCCUCAAGGUCCCCAGUCUGGAUUAUUUUACAUUCAGGGUCUCAGAACCCUGGAACUGCGUGGCGAAUGUCUAGAAUUCUGGCAUUUUAGAAUCCUGAAGUUCUAGAAUGUGUCUUCUAAACAUUGAAAGGGACCUGCAAGGUGAUGUGGGAAACCUGGUAAACUGUGUCAGCAAGGAGCACCCUCUCUCUGUGAAGAGCCCAAUCCCUCCCUUCCACUUUUAGGGCCAGAGAAAGCAGCCUGGGACUCCUUGACAGUCCCAGCUUUGCCACGAGGCCAGGAACACUCCUCACCCCAGCUGGCUUUUCACCGAGUGAAAAGAGUCUCGAGUCUCCUUCUGUUCUCCCAGCAAACUUCCUACCCCUCCUCUCAGUCAUUCCUCAUGAGAAAGGGUUAAAUUCUUUUGAAGCAUUUCCAUCUGUCAGUGGCCUUCAAAGAAUGCUCUGCCAGUCCCGCAGGACAAAAUAAUAAUGGGUUUCUAACAAGGUUAGAGAACUAUGUCUCUAACAGGUCACCCCCACUCUCAGUUCCAAAGACAUGUCCUCUGGCACUGUAACCUAAGACUGCAGUUAAGUCCUGGCAUAUAAAACAUGCUACUAGCCGUGGCUCACUGUCAGCAAAAAUCUUGGAGGGUUUUAGAUGAGAGCUGAUGCUAAGCUAAAUAUCAAAUCAAUAGUUGUCAAAAAUCAACAAAUUGAGUACCUAAGUUAUGCCAGUUGACAUUUAACCUUAGUAUCAUUCACUGAUUCCCAUUAAAUGUUAUCUCUGAGCUGCUUCCCUUUUUGAAGUCUUGCACUGGUCUU